AUGUCCUUGACAACUCCAGUCCUUCCUCGGAUGGGCAUUUGCCAUCGGUCAUUUUUUUUUUCUUGUCCCCACCAAUGCUCUUCUUUGCGUUCCGAAUUCAACAUCGUAACUCCUGCUUAUCACUUCGCAUACCAUAUUGUCCAAGUCAGGCCUGGGGCUGGUGGAUGUGAAGUCCUCUUCGUCCUUGAUGAUCACGUCGUCCCACCCGAUCUCCCACGCGAAUUCGAUGUGUUGGUCAACAUUCGUCCGGACCCGGACAGUGACACAUCCGACAUUAGCCCCCGUCGUCGCGACCGCGAAGCCUCAUCCUCGUCUGAAUCUUCCUCCUCGGAAGACGAUGGCCCACCGCAGGAGCCGUGGUUGAUCAACCAGCAAAAGCGCGGCGGUUAUGUGAUCUUAAAGUCAGGCACCCGUCGUUAUGACGAGUGGUGCGGUUUGGACAGCAACAGAGCUUAUUUUCUCGAGGGCUACCAGCCCAAUUGGGACCAGUCCAAGCCAUUCAGAUGCCCCAUCGUAAAUUGUCACCUAGCAUUCGAAUUCGGGAGAGAUACCUCUCUUAUCCAGCGCCAAACUCGCUACGAGUUCGUGGAUCCACUAUUCAUCGGUCAGCUUUCGCUCUGA